AUGGUAUUACGCAGAAUAGCCCUCUUGCGACAGGUUCGUUCACAAUCAACCGCUGCUGCUGCGGCCGCUACACCUGUCACAGCUUCAAACGAACCAGAAGAUAUUUCCAUCAUUGAACAACGUAUUUUGGAGCACCCGGACUACUUCCAAGUACACAAUUUGUUUACGGUUAGAGACUUAUUUAAUGCUCGUGUACACUAUGGCCAUAAGGAGGGUUCCCUCGAUGAUCGUAUGCGUCCGUAUAUCUAUGGUAGCCGUUUGGGUCACUUAAUCUUCGACUUGGAUAAAACCGCAGCACACCUGAGAGACGCGUUAAAUAUCACAGCACAUAUUGCAUUCCGGGAUGGCAUUAUAUGCUUCUUUAAUCGCAAUGCAUUGAAUGCCCACUUGGUGGAAAAGAAAGCAAUGGAGGCUGGAGAAUUCUCACACACAAGAUUCUGGCGUGGUGGUAUAUUUACCAAUUCAAAUGUGCAAUUUGGUGCAGUGACUCGCCUACCCGAUUUGUGUAUAUUUUUAAAUACCCAAAACAAUGUAUUGAGUCAGCACACUGCUGUGAGGGAUUGCGCCAAAAUGGCAAUUCCCACUGUGGGCAUAGUCGACACAAACUGCAAUCCAAAUCUGAUAACAUACCCGGUGCCCGGUAAUGACGAUUCCCCCGCAUCCGUAGAAUUAUACUGUGAACUGUUUAAGGCGGCCAUUUUAAGAGGCAAACAAAAACGACGUGAAAUGUUGGGUGAACCCGAACCUACUACCAAUACCAGUGGCAAGAACUCGAUCAGAAGAAGAAACAAAGUUUAA